GUUCGUCUAUAUUCAGAGGCCGGAGCCCCGACAUUCAUCUUCCGUUGCACUCCGUACCAAAGAGAAUACUUCAGAGUCCGAGGGGGAUAAAUCCGCUCUACACUCAUUCUCCAAAUCACACCAAUUAUUUCACCCGCAAAUGCACAGGCCAGUGACAGACGGAUACAUCCACCAACAACCACGCGGAGACCUACCUGUCCAUGACUCAGAGGAUCAAAGCGAAUCCUGGAAGCCUUCGAUUGCCAUUAUCGCGCCGGUAAUUUGCGUUUCUGCGAAAUUUGAGAAUAGUUGUGAUUUUAUGCAAGAUUAUUGUGCUUUUUGAUCGAUGAGAAUUGGCGAAGUUUGUGGAGAAAGCCUGCAGUUGAAUUGAGGAGGGGUUAAAGGAUUCUGUUCAGCGGAGGCCGAAAAUGAGCAGCGAGAGGCAGGCGGUGAAGGUUCUGGACCUUGUUGAGGAAGCAAAGAGGAGAAUUGUGCUUCUCAUUGUUUGCGCGGUUGGACUCUCGUAUCUCAUGUCAUUGACAAGCUCUUCAGUUUUAGUCAACCUGCCUGCUGCCGUUUGAUUUUCUCACUUCGUUAUCUAUAGUCUCUAUUUUUCAUUUUAAUUAUUAGUAAAAUUCAUUACUCUCACUGCUUUUGAACACAUAACCAAGCUGCUUUCUUUUGGAAUGGGUAAUUUUCUCUAUUGAUAUACAGUGACAAGCUCUUCAGUUUUAGUCAACCUGCCUGCUGCCGUUCUCUUGAUUUUCUCACUUCGUUAUCUAUCACUGGAUUUUGAGGCACGGAGGAAAGCUGCAACUUACAAGGGAAAGUCAUUCACUGUAGAUAGUGAUUGCCAGAAAAUACAAGUUGAGUGCCCAAAAGUUAUAUCUAAAAAGUCUGAUUGGAGAAUGAAAGUGGGUUCACCUAUCGUGGAGGAAGCAAUAGAUCACUUCACAAGACACAUAGUCUCUGAGUGGGUUACAGAUCUCUGGUAUGCUCGUAUAACUCCUGAUAAGCAAGUUCCGGAAGAGCUUGUGCAGAUCAUGAACUCUGUGCUGGGGGAAGUUUCAUUUCGCAUGAGAAAUAUCAAUCUUAUAGAUCUUUUAUUAAGAGACACUAUCCAUUGUUUAUGCUCCCAUUUAGAUCUUUUUCGUGUUUGUAAAAUGAAGAUAGAAAAAACACACUCAAGAUCCCUAACCAUAGAAGAGCGUGACAUGGAGCUUAAGUUAAUGUUAGCUGCAGAGAGCAAAUUGCAUCCUGCUUUAUUUUCUCCUGAAGCUGAGCACAAGGUUCUCCAGCACCUCAUGGAUGGCCUAAUUUCAUUUACAUUCAUGUCAGAUGAUCUACAAUGCUCUCUAUUCCGCUACAUUGUCAGGGAGCUUCUUGCUUGUGCAGUAAUGCGGCCUGUACUGAAUAUAGCUAACCCAAGAUUUAUUAAUGAGAGGAUUGAAAUUUUAGUGGCUUCUUUAAAAAAGACCGAGAAAGUUCCAGAGGCAACCCAAGUACAUCCACAGUCCAACACCAGUGGAUUCUCUAAAGUGUCAUCCAACACUUUUUCUCCUUUCAUAGACCAUUCUGUUAAGGGUGUUGAACUUGUAGAAUUGAAAAAGGACGUGUCUGAUAAUAGCAUGGAAAACAAUAUGAAGGACAAUUUGAAUGGAACUGACUUAUCGAAAGAUCCAUUGCUUUUGAUUGACACACGAUCAACACGAUCUUGGAGUGCCUUGCCUACACCAACCCAUUCCAAUGAUGGAAGACUUGUUAAACGCCAUCAUUCUGGAGGUGAGUGGGGUGACAUGCUAGAUGUGUUUUCUCGCAGAAAGAAUGAAGCUCUUGCCCCAGAACAUUUUGAUAACAUGUGGGCAAAAGGCAAAAACUAUAAAACAAACGAGGAUAAGAAGCCUUCUUAUGAUCCAACUCACAGUUCUUUAGGUACAUCUAAAGCUGUGCGCACGUCAAAGGUAGGUCUGCGGCAUAAUGGAAACGAUGGUGAAAACAAGGGUGAUGAUGAGUUUGAUGACUUGCUGUCAGACGAGGAUGUGUCAGAGAGCAGUUCACAUUCAACUGAAGAGGAAGAAACCAGUGUUGGUCUUCGAUCUCCUGUGAUUAAAGUAUGGGAUGGUAAAAAUAGAAGAAAUGUUACCCAUGUCCAUCAUCCCCUUGAAAGUACACAAAGGAAAAAGUCUGGAAGGAAGGGAAUUAAAGGACAGAAUCUGUCUAAACAAUCAAGCAAAACAUCAUCUGGUUUAAAGAGGUCUAGAAUGAAUGAUCACAGAGAACAUGUCUGGCAAGAGAUUGAAAGAAGAAGCUUCUUAUCAGGAGAUGGGCAUGAUAUACUGAAAUCCUCUAAAGAUUAUUUGAAACAUGAGAACUCAAGUGAUGAUUCUGGGACAGAAAUGCCUGGGAGGCUAUCUAGUGGAACAACUGCAACAUCUUCUUUUGCUACAAGCAAUUUAUUUGAGAAUCAUUUUUUGGAUGCAGAUACUUCAAAAUCCUCUAGCUUUGCAGAAUCUUUUAUGAAAUUAAGAUGUGAGGUCAUAAGUGGGAAUAUUGUAAAAAGUGGCACCAAAACAUUUGCUGUUUAUUCAAUAUCUGUUACAGACACAUACAGUAAUAAUUGGUCAAUAAAGAGAAGGUUCAGCCACUUUGAGGAGCUACAUAGACGUCUUAAGGAGUUUUCAGAAUAUAAUCUUCAUUUGCCGCCCAAGCAUUUCUUCUCAACCGGCCUUGAUGUGCCAGUCGUCCAAGAACGGUGUAAAUUGCUUGACAGAUAUCUGAAGAAACUUUUGCAGCUCCCAAGUAUUUCCAGCUCAAUUGAAGUCUGGGACUUCCUUAGUGUUGAUUCUCAGACUUACAGUUUCUCAAACUCUCUGUCAAUCAUUGAAACGGUGUCAGUUUCAGUUGAUUUGGAUGGAACAUUGCAUGGAAGAAGUAAAGAACAAAUGCAAAAUAUAGGUCCCAUGAUUGAUUCAAUAUCCUCCAACAGCAGGCAUUUUAAUGAUGAAAAAAAUGUCUAUGCUUCAAGGAUGAAAGCUAAUCAUGGGGUGGAUGCCUCUAGAUUGGACUACAGAUAUGCAGCAGCGCUCUCCUCAAAAGAGCUCAACAAAGAAAACAGAAAUUCUAUUGAGGACUCAAGCAGCGAUUCUGACAAUGUGGUACUGAAGAAAACAAUUUAUUCCUCGAAAGCAGAGAAGGCGGCAAAUGUGGGCGAUGCUACUGCACAUGCAUCAUCUGAGUUGCCUGUCAAUGAUUCUGCUGAUCCAACUCUUCCAAGUGAGUGGAUACCCCCAAAUUUAAGUGUUCCCAUAUUAGAUUUGGUGGAUGUUGUUUUUCAGCUUCAGGAUGGUGGGUGGAUCAGGAGGCAGGCAUUCUGGAUUGCGAAACAAGUGUUACAAUUGGGAAUGGGUGAUGCCUUUGAUGACUGGUUAAUAGAAAAAAUCCAACGUCUACGACUGGGGUCAGUAGUUGCUGCAGGAGUCAAGCGUGUUGAACAGAUUCUCUGGCCUGAUGGUAUAUUCAUAACAAAGCAUCCAAGAAGACAGCGACCUAUCCCAACCGCAACUCCAUCCAGUAAUUCACCUCAUGGGACCCCUACUUUAACAUCUGUGUCUAAGGUGGAGGUAAUCCAGAAUCCAGAUGAGAUGCAGCGGGUGGAAGAUGAGAGACGUGCAAAAUUAGUUUACGAGCUAAUGAUUGAUAAGGCGCCAGCUGCUAUUGUGGGUCUAGUUGGCCGUAAGGAGUAUGAACAAUGUGUGAAGGAUCUAUAUUUCUUCAUCCAGUCAUCUGUUUGUUUGAAGCAAUUAGCUUUAGAUCUCAUAGAGCUGGUGUUGUCGUCUGCAUUUCCUGAGCUGGAUUACGUGUUUAAGGAGUUCCGAGAAGAGAAGGGAAAGUUUGGAGUACUUAGAGAGGACUAGUAGGGAAAAUUUUGUUUUUGUUUUUCUUUUUCUUUCCCCCACUGUACAGUUUCAGGGCUGGCUUGCAAAAAAAAAGAAAAGAAAAAGAGCAAUCUGCAAAAAUAUAUCGAUGUCUGUCUACUGGUUUGGUGCAAAUUAAUUAUGAAGGGGAAUAGAUGUUUGAUCUACUUAACAAUUCUAAGAGAGCCAUCAUUUACUUUAGAUUGAUGCAAAUACAUGUUCGAGUACAACCAAGUUCAUGUUUUUUUUUUAUAUAAAUGUAAUAGAUACUUGUUGAUAUU